UUGGUAUGCGUCUUCUGACCGUUCUGACUGCCUGUCUUUGAAUGGUGUAUAAAUAAAGACAAAAAAUCAGCAUUACAUUACGCUAUUCUACUGCGCAGACUCACACACGGGAAGAGCCAGCAGGUCUCGCUUCCCACGGAGGAUUUUCAAGUCUCUUUAUAAAGCUCUUAGGAGCUCAUCACCACCAGUAAAGCUGUAUAAGCACCGGGUUGACGGGACCGAAGGAAGCGGCGCGUCGUACGGGGAGCUGCCUGCGGAAAUCGCCAUGAGUUACAAACCCAUUGCUCCUGCGCCUUCUGGAUCCAACCACACACCUCCAGGCUCCUCUGUGCCCUCUCCAUCCCUACCCUCGUCGUCCAACUUUAGACCGGCUUUUAGUGACUUUGGCCCACCCUCAAUGGGGUUUGUACAGCCUGUCAAAGUGUCUCAGGGAUCCACCUACAGUGAGCUUCUGUCUGUCAUUGAGGAGAUGAGCCGUGAGAUCAGGCCUACAUACGCUGGGAGCAAGAGUGCUAUGGAGAGGCUAAAGAGAGGUAUAAUCCACGCCCGUGCACUGGUCAGGGAGUGUCUUGCAGAGACGGAGAGAAGUGCCCGCACAUAACCUUUUCCAAAGCUCCCUUCACUCCUCCACUGUAGAAGCCUGUCCUCAAGAUCCCCAUUGUCUGUUUUACAACCAUUCUUUUAUCCUCUCAACUUUUGCGCUUUCCUCAACAGCAUUUUGUAGGUCAAUUGUUUCCAUUUUGUCUCCACUGUUCCCUGCAUUUCACCACACCACCUUUUGUUCAUCAAACGUUUAUGUCAGCUGUGGGGUGUAUGCAAGUUUUGUAUCUAUUUUGAAAAACGAGCAUGGGGAAUUUCAACACGUUAUGUUGAGCUGGGAGUAAAAACAUUAAUUUAAAGUAUUUUUCCCCCCAAAUAAUGGCAAUUGACCAUCAUUUUUAAAUGACAUCAGUGUUCCAGCUUACAAUGUGCUCAAGUUUCUAUUCCUAACACCACUCUGCAACUACUGAAUAUUUUUGUUAAUCUGAGCAUCUUGAAUAUACCCCAUUUCUAUCCACUUAUUUUUUAUUUUAUCAUUUUGUAGUGUAAACAAACAUUAGCUGUUUCUCAAUCCCAAGAACACUGUACAUCUCAAGUCAAUUUGUUAGUAUGAAAAUUUUGUAAACCAGAUUUUUGCAGUUCUGUAUGUAAAUCUUAAUUAAAUAACAGAAAAAAA